AUGAAGCUUAAGACGAACUUCCUCCAGUUGGUCUGCGUACAGGAGACUAUCUCAGCUUCAUUCUAGGUUCUUGUCGUUUGGGUUGAAUUCUCGAGAUGGUUCUCUCGAGUCCCCAAGGACUCCGCCAACGAAAGGUUGCCGACGAUGGUUCGGAAGAUUCAGGAGCUCAUUUUAAAGCAGAGUGUGGCCAGUCAGAGAAGACACGUCAGGCACACGAGGAAGUGGUUUGGGGGCAGACGCCAGACGGCGAAGUCUUUAGGGUUCCAACCACGCACGAUGUACUAACCGGGCUUUUCCAUCCACGUUACCCAAAGAGUCAUCUGGACAUCCUCAAUCUCUCAUUGCUCGGGUUACAGCUUGUUCUGUUCUAUAUAUUGCCACGUUCCACAGCCAAAGUUUUCUUUCUGUUCUAUUUUGUGUUCUGGAGGGCAGCUUAUGAUGCUGGGUUGGGAUGGGUCCUCACUAAACAGAGCAAGAGAAAGUGGAUGGUUCGCGAAGUACAACGCCUCGGAUGGCUCGAUGAGAAGCGUAACCCGGCUGCUAGAAACUGGAUUCGUGCUCAGUUACAGGGGAAAAUGGGAAAGGACUAUUCAUUCGAUGACCUUCCAUUGGAAUACAACACAUGGCUGUUGUUUAGGCAGCUUGUAGACGUGAUUCUUCUCAAUGACUUCUUGGCGUACUGCAUGUUUUCCUUUGCUUGUUUCAGAGUGCCCGAAGGACUUUCUUUUCCUGUCCAUGCCAUGAGGUGGAUUGGUGGUGUUGCGUUGGUCGUAUUCAACCUUUGGGUAAAAACCGAGGCACACAAUGUUGUCAAGGAUUACGGUUGGUAUUGGGGUGAUGUAUUUUUCCAGCGCGGCGCGCUUGUAUUUGAUGGCGUUUUUGAGUUGGCCCCUCAUCCAAUGUACUCCGUCGGUUACGCUGGAUACUACGGUCUUUCCCUGAUGGCCGGAAGCUAUGCUGUCCUUUAUGUCAGUCUGGCAGCUCAUGCAGCUCAGUUCGCAUUCCUUGUCUUGUUCGAAAACCCUCAUAUCGAACGGAUGUAUGGAAAACGCAAGCCUAUCGCGCUGCGUAAGCCUAUAUCUGCAUCUGAAACCAAGAAGAUCAAAAAAGUGCACAGCUCUCGCCAAAUUCCAUCAUCUGUCGAGGACAAUGCAGACCAAUUGUCCACACCCGCUGCCACGGAAGGCGAGACUGCUACAGAUACCGAAACUGAGACGGAAUGCGAAGGCAAGGCUCCGGCCACCCUCCGUUCCUACCGCCCCAAGCAACCCAUACUUUUGGAGAGUACUGUCUCUCAACAUGAUUUGCAUCACAAGUAUUUCAGACGAGACGUGGUCCUUCUUCACAACAUCGAUUUACUCCGUUCCUCAGAUGCCAUGCUUGCGCUUCUAUUGGUCUAUGUCGUAUUAGGAUCAUCCUUGCCUGUACUAUCGUAUCAUGCAACACUCGCGUUACACUUCGCACACGCUUGUGCUUGGUGUAUGUUCCACAGCUUUGGUCUUGGGCUUCUCCUUCGUGCCCAGAGCAAAUCGAAAUAUCUCGUCCGGCACUUCUUAAAACAUUACCAUUAUCCGUCUCGUGACCAUGGUGAUGGCGCAUUACAGGAAGCAUUUACCAACUGGAAGGCGUUGUACAAUAUUAGUUUGUGCAUGACAUAUACUUCGCUGACGAGUUUGGCGUGGAAAUCAUACACGGCGCCCGUUGCCUGGUUUGAGGGUGAUGCCCUUCUCUGUCAUACGCUAGGAGCACUCUUGAUCGCACUCCAUGGGUGGGCAGCUAUGGAGUCAUUCGAAGUAUUGGGUGUUUUCGGUUGGUUUUACGGCGACUUUUUCAUGGAGGAUUUCCCAGCGCAUCUGGAGUACACCGGUAUAUUCAGGUAUCUUAAUAACCCCGAACUAAUGAGUGGCGCCUACUUUCUGGGCCUUGCUUUGAUCAGUGGCAGCAAGCUUGUUGGCAUGCUUGCAGUCAUCAGGUUUGUGUCCCACUGGUGGUUCCUCCAGACCGUUGAACACCCCCACAUGCAGAAAUUAUACGGUGACAGUCUUCGCAAGGACGCUGGCUUUGUCAAAGUUAUCAAAAGCGUUGCUAGCAAGAAUGCUCGCCUUUUAGAAUCGCGUGCGGGGCGGCAUGUACCCGAAAUCAAAAGAGUUGCGAAAGAAGUCAAAGGCACUUUCGACAAGGUUUUUGAAGAAACUGCUGAUGUGGUUGAGGAGUUCCUUGCGAGAUCGAAACCCAAGAUAUCGGAAGUGAUGCAGGAGACCAAAGUUCUUCUCCAACAAUCACGGGAAAGACUGAUUAUCACUCGCGUUGCCCGUGACCUAUCAUCGUUUGACACAACGAAAUACAAGGUGUCGAUUGUCCCAAGUCAAUCCGGAGACAAACGCUUCCAUAUAGGCGAGUCUAUCAAGGUCAACUGGCAAGCUCCUGCCCGGCACUCCCGUCGUGACUGGAUCGGAAUAUACAAAGUCGGUGCCAACAAAUCUACGUUGGUGACGAAGAUAUCAUCUAGCGGGUUGUGGGUUCCCGUUCAUCACGAAGAAUGGGAUCAAGAUGCGCCUGUCGAUCACACUAAUCGCAUUACCACUCUGGGAAAGGAGCCGGAGUUUGGUAUCGUUCCAUUUGAAGGUCCCACACUCCCAUGGACUAUUGGUCAAUACGAGGUCCGUUACCAUCACGAUGGCAAGUAUAAUGUGUUAAGUCUUGACGGACCGUGCGAGGUGUACGUGAGCAAACCUGUGGCGCUCGAUCUCACCUCCAUUCGGGAAUACUUGACUUACACUGUACCUCUCUGCCUGGACUCCGAUCCUGACCUGAUUCCCCUAUCUUGCGGAGGUAUCCAAGAACCCGCCGACACAGACCCUGCCGUUGCUCGUGACGUGGACGAUUUCAGCUUCUGGUCCGAACAGCAGGCCAAACGUAUAUGCUACGUGAUUAAGCAGGCAUUCGGGGUCGAAUAUGCGCCAGAUGUGGUUGUGGCUGAUGCUAAUUUGACUGCGCUUGCCAAUCGGAUAUUGGUCUCGAAGCAAUUACUGGUUCUGUAGCCCUUGAUUAAUGAUUCAUUUCUUUUUUCUCUUUCUGAGUACAUUUGGAUUACAUACCCACGCACCAGGAUGUUUUUCAUUCCAUGACGACCGGUUUAUGAUCACUCGACC